AGCCAAUAUGGGGUCUAUCUCGACUGCAGGAGAGGCUGUGGCCCGAAUUGCCCACCAGGCCUCCGACGUCAUUGUGUCGGUCGUUCCCUCCCUCACGACCGAGUCUGAGUUCUCGGUGCCUCUGCAGCGCCUGCAAAAGGACAAUGCGCCCAGCGUCGUCUGCAAGACACUUCCAGAGGUCCUUACUGCCCGCCAAAAUGCGGACCCCCUCCUCUCAGUCUUCCAGCCCAUUCGUGCGGGCAAACUCACCAGCGUGACCACAACCUCGUCGAUUCUCGUCAAGUCGAUACCGCACCUCUACAAACUCGCACAAUACCCCGUCGUGCUGCACGUGUCGGUAGCGCCUUCAGGUUACCCAGACUUCUCCGACAUCACUUCGAUCAGGCAGUCCGGCUUUGCCUUUAUCCAGUCAGAGACUCUGCAAGAGCUGCAGGACCUCGCCCUUACAGCGCAUGCCUUGGCUAUCAAGUCAGGCAAAGGUGUGAUUCAUUUCUUCGAUUCUGGCGCGAGCGCAUUCAAGAAGACAGUGGAAGUCGAAGAUGCUCAGCUGAUCCGAAGCGUCCUCGACAUGGACGCAGUGGCAGCAUACCAAAACUCCCAGUCACAGGAGACGACUCUGUAUGCCGACGAUGGCAGGACUUCUACUCUGACUUUUGCCCGGAGUCAAGCUGUCAAUGCUGCCUCUACAACAGCACCGGCCAGUGUUCCAGACCAGUCCAAGUUGCUUCCAGUGUCGGAGAGGAACAGCCAGCGAGGCGACUCCUCUUCUGGAUCAUCUCAGCGCGAGGCUAGCACCAGCGGCGCAUCACUAUCUUCCGCUACUACUGUUGAGUCUUUGGUUUCGAAACCUGUUUCUUCAGAAGACAUCUACCGGUUCGCCACACAAAUUUGGGCAACCAUCAAAGAUGCGACUGGACGAAGCUACGAUGCCUUUGCCUUCUCUGGCACAGGCAAAGAAGAGGCUGCCAUUUUCUUGUUUGGCGCCGACACUGCCGUCUUCGCCACCGAGCUGGACAGCGUUGACGAAACCAAGGCCUAUGCCAACACAGCCAUCAUCACAGCCCGGCUGUACCGCCCUUGGCUCGGUGCGUCGCUUGCACCUAUGCUGCCCUCAUCUCUGAAGAGGAUCGCUGUGCUUGAGCAAGUGCGGCGAAAGACGACCAGGUGGGGCCCUGUACUGCUCGACCUUCUCAUGUCGUUGAAGUCGACUGGCGGCGCCUCCCCCAUGGUCGUGGGCUACCAGUUGGGCUACAUCAAUGAGGAGACUGUUUCACAAGCAAUGCGUGGUGUCUUCCAGAACCUCAUGAGCGAGUCGCCUGUCCAGAACCUCGUCAUCGGCAAGAUCGACGGACCCGAGGCCAAGUCGGCCAAAGUAGAGCAACCAGCCUUGGAGAAUGCCUAUAUGAAGAUCCUUAACCAGGUUUUCGCUGAGAAGCUCCACAUUGCUAACCAGCUUGGGUCGCAGCACGCUGGCAUCUCCAACGAGAUAUCUGCCUCCCCAGAAUAUGGAUUUGGAUCGCUAGUUGCGCGCAAGGAGCACCGAACGCGAUUGAUCGACCAGGCCGCUGCUGCUUCCAAGGACAACUCAUUCACCACCCAGGCACCACAACAAUGGCUGUCCAAAUGGGCUCUUAGCGCCAACGACGCUGACAAGGCCAAUGAGCUGGCCUCAGAGGUCAUCUCCCGCUUGGCCACCGAUGGGUCACCCUUGGCCAACCAGCUUCUUUCUUCGAAGAAGCUAUUUUACAAGGAGUCACAAUGGUUGAUCGGAUCUGAUGCCUGGGCUUACGACCUUGGAAAUUCUGGUGUACACCAUGUACUUGCAUCCGGCGAGAACGUCAACAUGCUCAUCAUUGACUCGACACCCUACUCCGAGCGCUCCGCCGCUGACGCGGCAAGGCGGAAGAAGGACAUCGGAUUGUAUGCCAUGAACUUUGGCAACGCCUACGUGGCAUCGGUCGCGGUAUACAGCUCCUACACCCAGGUUCUGGAAGCCAUGAUUGAGGCCGACAAGUUCAACGGUCCUUCCGUUGUGCUCGCAUAUCUGCCAUACGAGAAGGAAAGCGAUACCCCUCUGACAGUCUUGCAAGAAACCAAGAAGGCUGUUGACCUGGGAUACUGGCCACUCUACCGUUGGGACCCCCGAGGCGAGGAGAAGGGCGAGGCGAACUUCAAGCUUGACUCUGAGCGCAUCAAGAAGGAGCUGGAGGAGUUCCUCUCUCGCGACAACUACAUGUCGCAGGUCAUGAAGCGACACCCAGAGUUCUCUUCCAACCUCUCCGGAUCCUAUGGAACCGAAGUCAGGCAGUUGCAGAAGCGCAAGGCCAAGGACGCAUACAGCAAACUGCUCGAGGGCCUUCAGGGCGACCCAUUGACAAUUCUCUUCGCAUCUGACAAUGGCAAUGCUGAAAACUUGGCCAAGAGGCUCGGAAACCGGGGCAAAGCUAGGGGCCUCAAGACCAUGGUCAUGGCUAUGGAUGACUUCCCACUCGAGGACCUACCCAACGAGCAAAACGUCGUCUUGAUGACUAGUGUAGCUGGCCAGGGAGAGUUCCCCCAAAAUGGUCGCGCGUUCUGGGAGGCGGUCAAGGACUCCACUGAUCUGGAUCUCGCAACAGUAAACUUCGGUGUCUUUGGUCUUGGUGACAGCCACUACUGGCCACGCAAAGAGGACAAGAUCUACUACAACAAGCCCGCGAAGGAUCUCCAUGCUCGUCUCCUCACACUCGGCGGUAAGCCUCUGGUCGACUGUGGUCUCGGAGAUGACCAGGACCCAGAUGCGUACCAAACGGCGUAUGCCGAGUGGGAACCGAAGCUUUGGGAGAAACUCGGCGUUGCCAACGUCGAGAACCUGCCAGAGGAACCCGCACCGCUCACCAACGAAGACAUGAAGGCUGCCUCAAACUUCCUCCGAGGUACGAUUGAGGAGGGUCUGGCUGACACCAGUACUGGUGCCAUCUCAGCCAGUGACCAGCAACUCACCAAGUUCCACGGUACCUACAUGCAGGAUGACCGUGACCUUCGCGAUCAGCGCAAGGCCCAGGGUCUUGAGCCUGCCUAUUCUUUCAUGAUCCGAUGCAGACUGCCUGGAGGUGUUUCGACACCCAAGCAAUGGCUGCAGAUGGACGAGAUUAGCACCACGCUUGGUAACCAGACCAUGAAGCUGACCACCCGACAAACCUUCCAGUUCCACGGUGUUGUCAAGGGUAAGCUUAAGCCGGCCAUGCAAGCCAUCAACAAGGCAUUGAUGACUACCAUCGCUGCUUGUGGUGACGUCAACCGAAACGUCAUGUGCAGUUCCCUUCCUACACAAUCCAAGUACCACGGACAGGUCCACAGCUAUGCCCAGAAGAUUAGCGACCACCUUCUUCCCUCAACAACAGCGUAUCACGAGAUCUGGCUUGAGGACGAUGAGACGAAGCAGAAGCGGAAGAUCGCGGGUGAGGCUAUUCAGGAUCACGAGCCGCUUUACGGUCCUCUUUACCUUCCUCGAAAGUUCAAGAUUACCAUUGCCAUCCCUCCGCACAACGACACCGACGUUUACGCUCACGACAUUGGUCUCAUCGCUAUCAAGGGCGAAGAUGGCAACCUCGCUGGUUUCAACGUGCUUGCUGGUGGCGGUAUGGGUGUGACUCACAACAACAAGAAGACCUACCCACGAACUGGAACGAUGUUUGGCUAUGUCGAGGCUGAUCAAGUGCAUCUUGUCUGCGAGAAGAUUAUGCUUGUGCAGCGCGACCACGGUGACCGAAAGAACAGGAAGCACGCCCGUCUCAAGUACACCAUUGACGAUAUGGGAGUGGACGUCUUCAUAGGCAAGGUCGAGGAUCUUUGGGGCCAAAAGUUUGCGGAACCCAAGCCUUUCAAAUUCCAAAGUAACAUUGACACCUUUGGAUGGCAAAAGGAUGAGCUUGGUCUCAACCACUUCACUUUCUUCAUUGAAAAUGGCCGUAUCGAGGACACGGCUGACUUUCCAAUGAAGACUGGUCUUAUUGAGGUUGCCAAGGCACACAAGGGCGAGUUCCGACUGACUGGUAACCAGCAUCUAAUCCUGGCCAAUGUUGCAGAUGAGGACCUGCCAGCCAUGAAGGAGCUUCUCAAGAAGUGGAAACUCGACAACACCAACUUCUCGGGUAUGCGGUUGUCCAGUUCUGCCUGCGUUGCCUUCCCAACAUGUGGUCUCGCCAUGGCUGAGUCAGAGCGCUACCUACCCGAGCUCAUUACUAAGCUCGAGGGUACGCUUGAAGAGGCUGGUCUUCGCCAAGACAGCAUUGUCAUGCGCAUGACAGGCUGUCCUAAUGGCUGUGCUCGUCCUUGGCUUGCCGAAGUUGCAUUCGUCGGUAAGGCUUACGGAGCAUACAACAUGUACCUUGGUGGUGGCUACCACGGCCAAAGGUUAAACAAGCUCUACAGGAGCUCAAUCAAAGAAGAUGAGAUCCUCGAGAUCAUGAAGCCGAUGAUCAAACAAUACGCCAAGGAGAGGAAUGAGGGUGAGCACUUUGGUGACUUUGUCAUAAGAAAGGGCAUCAUCAAUGAGACUACACAUGGACAAAAUUUCCACGACAACACUGCCGAAGCGGAGUCAGACGCAGAAUAAAUGCGCCAGUGUUGGAUGUCUGAUGCAUUAUGAAUUGAAGAUCAAGUUUA